AUGGAUCAGGAUAGUAUUCAUUCCAUACACUCAGCAAUCCUUGCUGUCGACCUCGCCACCCGCUUCAAUGGCGAGAUCAUCAAUGGUGAUGCCAUGCAGCUGUACAAAGGCCUGCCUAUCAUCACCAACCAGAUUCCCACUGAGGAACGUAAAGGCAUCCCGCAUCAUCUUCUUGGGUGUAUAGGCUUUGACCAGGAGCCGUGGCACGUAAGCCAUUUCAAAAGGGAGUGUCUACGUACCAUUAAGGAGAUCAGGGGCAGGGGGAAACUACCCGUUCUUGUUGGUGGGACACAUUAUUACACGCAGGCCGUGCUAUUUAAGGAAGCUAUCCUGGAUCGAGAUGGGGAGAAUGAUGAAGAAAGUGGUAAUGCUGACAGGGAGAGGAUGGUGACGGAUGGUAACAGUGAAAUAUCAAAGAUUGCUACUCCACAGUCUGAAAAAUUUCCUAUCCUGAAUGCGUCUCCGGAAGUGAUACUACAGAAACUACGAGAAGUGGAUCCGGCAAUGGCGAGUCGUUGGCAUCCUAAUGACACUCGCAGGAUAUACCGCUCCCUGGAGAUAUAUCUGCAGACUGGCAGACCUGCGUCAGAGAUAUACCAGGAACAGCAAAGGCUCAAAGACGCUGCUAGCAUCCUUGACAACCAUUCCCUUCACGACUUAUCAUAUGUAGAGAAUCAUGCCACCACUAGACCAUCGCCAGCCAGCGUGGGACCUUCCCAUUUGCGUUUUCCAACACUCCUAUUUUGGGUCCACACCGAAGACGGCGAGCUAACUCGUCGCCUCUCCCAGCGAGUUGACAACAUGGCUGAACAGGGCCUUGUUGCAGAGGCGGAGUCUCUUUUCAAUUACCUUAACGAGAAGCAUGCACAAGGGGUUGAAAUUGACCGCACGCGUGGCGUCUGGGUAUCUAUAGGCUUUAAGGAGUUGGAGCCAUAUUUCCAGGCACUUUUGUCUUCCGCCUCCACAUCAGCCGCCGCCACCAACGGAGCCGGCUCGGUGGAUAUUGUCAGCGAUGCUGCUAGCAAUAUCACAAGUACUAGCAUUCUCAACCCCGAACAACUCUCCAACUUAAAACAGUCCUGUCUCAGCUCCAUAAAGUCCGCGACGCGGCAUUAUUAUCGCCAGCAGAUAAGAUGGAUAAGAGGCCGGUUAUGGAAUGCGCUAACAGACGCGCAUGCUACACAGCAGCUAUACGUUAUCGACUCGACAGGCGCUUGUAGCAAUCCCAGCGCAUGGCAGAGCGCCGUGCGCGAGCCGGCUGAACGUGUCGUGGAGUCGUUUUUAUCCCGUGGUGUUGCAGAGUGCCCGGAUCCCCGCGAGCUUUCGGAAGCUGCGAAAAGAGUGUUUGAGACGCAAUUACAGAGCUCCGUGGCGGCUGGGGCGGUGGAUGGGGAAGAACGAGCACGACAGAGGACUGUGUUUAAAUGUUCGACAUGUGACGUAUGUGGGAUUGCAGUGCAGUCGGAUGAGCAAUGGGAGGUGCAUGUUAGGGGAAGGAGACAUAAGAGGGCUGUUAAGAGUGCGGAGAAGAGGAGGGCGAGAGAUGAGUAUCUUGAGUCGAGGAGGGAGAGGGGGGUUAUGGAAAAAGGGGUUGUGAAUCCUGAUUGCAACCUGGAUGAACGGUUGGUUGAUGAGCUGGCUCAGGGUCAGGGCAAAGGCGAAGACGAGGGUGAAAGGGUAAACAACUAG